AAGCGCGUGUUUGUGUAUAAAUAAAUAGGAGGUUGAGACGAAUAUAUCAAAGAAGAAGAAAUUAAGAAAGAAGCCAUGGACGAUUGCAGGCCGCUAGGGUUCCUGAUCGGGCUCCCUUUCGCCGUCCUUGCCCUCGCCCUCUCCCUCCUCGGCGCCGUCAUCUGGAUCAUCGGGAGCAUCCUGAGUUGCCUCUGCCCUUGCUGCAUCUGUUUUUCUGGCCUCGCCAACCUCGCUGUCUCCCUCAUUAAGAUGCCCGUCAAAGUGCUCCGUUGGUUCAUCGGCCAGAUCCCCUGUUGAGGAUCGACCGAUGUUUCUCUCCCAUCAAAAUUAUUCUUUUUUGCUUACUCAGAAAUUAGAUGAUUGAUCAUCGAUCGAACGUAUUGGUUGUGAACACAAAAGAGAUCUAUGUUGGAAUUGUUUGAUUUUGUCUUUUUUUUUUCCUUUAUUCUUUCUCGAUCAUCCCCAAAGUUUAUUCUGUUUAACUUCGUAAUAUCAUCUGUUUAUCCUGUUGAAGUUGUCAAUACCAGUAUUCGAGUCAUUAGCUUUGA